AAAAAGAUCUAUUCACUUGGAAAUUGUGCUAAAUGUAGGCUAACUGUGCUAACAGUGGGAUAGUUGUACUUAAUCAUUUGCAAAGAUGUCCUGAGACAUUGAUACAAGUACUAAGACAUUUGCAAUUUGACAAAAUGAAUGAGAAAUAUAAUUCUGUUAUGAACAAUUGCAAAGUGGUUUGGAGAUUUGUCCAUGUUCUUUUGAGAAUGUAAUUUCAGUUUCAAGAAAUGAGCCAAACCAAUGGAGAAAAAAAUGUAAAACCAAUUAUGAACAUUACUCGGUUAUGAGAGACCUUAACUAAUCUUUUUCGCAUACUUUAUCUAUGGUAGUAGCUAUGCCUUAAGUUCAUACUUUCCAGAUGUUACAUUUCCAAGGGAUAGUUUGCUGCUUUUUGUACAUUUUAUUAAUGAUGAAUUAUCAUAUUAACAGCUGAAUAUUUUUAUUUCAAACUGAUACUGUCCAACAGGUCAGUCUAAUUUGUUUCUGUGAUCAUUCAGACUUGUCGCUUUUUCCAGUCAAGUUUAUGUUCCUCUCAGUGAAGCUGAGCAGGCCUUUGAUUUACAGAUGAAAAAUAUAUGUAGCUAUCACAUUAUAUGUAGAACAGGCUCUUUCCAGUAUCUUUCUUUAAAUGUUUAAUUGUCCUGCCCUGAUUUUAAGUCUAAUUAUAAGUUUGCUAAAUGACGAAACUGUAAUGAUGAUGCCUCUUUUUUUAGGCCUACUGUGCCAAAUCAUCCUACCUUCACCAAGGAUGUGAUCCUAUUGCCUGAUCCCACGUGGGACAGAGUAUGCAAACAUAAAACAAAAAGGAAGCUGCAUGAAAGUGGGUAUAUUUUAAGCGCUUUUGAAAUGAGGAAAGCAUGGGACAGUGGGACGGUCAUUGCAGAGUUAAGAGAGGCAUUCAGAGACCGAAUUCCUGAGGAUGUCAGUAUUGAACUUUUAAUGUCAUGUGGAAACACACUGAUAUCACCAAAGUUGCACCAGGGACAGGAACUUAGCGGCUUGAUUGUUCACAAGAUCUUCAAGUCAAAGGCGAUUUAUCUGAGGCCAUCGAGCAGUCUUCCAUUUUCGGUUGACAACUCAGACCCAGAAGACAACUGUGUAGAGGUGGACACUGCACAAACAUCUACCAGUUACCAUAUGACUACAAGGGCCAGGGGAAACGAUACUGCAAAAGCGCCGAAUAUUUCUAUUCGUCCUUUUACAAGAGCAAGAGCCGAACAGCCCUCAGCAACACUACAAGUAACUGAUGCUCUUGUGACCACAGCUACCCAGCCCUCUGCAUCACAAGAAGCAGCUGUUGUCAUUGACUUGGAUAGUGGUGACACAGUCACCCAGACCCCGUCAAAUAGCAGUGAUGACUAUGCUGUCUACCUUUCCAUCAUGGGGAUGACAUCAGACCUCUCUGAUGAUGAUGAGGAGGAGCUAAACCAGGCCAUAAUGGCAAGCCUUGAAUCUCAUGCAGCAUCUGAAAACCCAAACACUGAAUCAGCACAGGAGGUGCUCCUCAAUCUUGCAUCCAAAAUUGACGGUAGUCGAAGAUGCAGGUUCAACAUUAAUCGAACUUCAGUACUGGAUGGUGCUCUGCGGGGCUUCAGACGGCCGUCCUAUAAUCCAGUGUACCAGAUGUGCAUCAAAUUCUCAGAUGACUUGGGAAAGGAUGAAGAGGCUGUGGAUCUUGGUGGCCCAAGGAGAGAAUUUUUGCGGUUGCUUAUGGAGGCUCUGGCAUUGUCACCAAUGUUUGAAGGAAGAGAUGGAAAGUUGAACUUGGCUUUGGACAGUUCCGCUCUAAGAGAAGACAGGUAUUUUGUUGCUGGCCAGGCCAUUGCUGUAAGUCUUGUCCAUGGUGGUCCUCCACCAGGAUUCAUUGCACCAACACUAUAUCGUUGUCUUGUUGGUGGCACUUCAUCAGCAAUGCCAGUUUUGGAAGACAUUGCUGAUCCUGACCUCUAUGAGAAGGUUAAAAAGGUGUCCGAAUGUACAUCUUUAGAUGACCUGAUACAUGCCACUGAACCGCUGCAAGAUUACUUGGCAAACGCUGGGUGUCUUAGGCCAUUGAAAUGCAUUAAAGACAAAGAUCAACUGAAGAUACACACGUGGACAAAAUUGUUGGUACCCCUCAGUUAAAGAAGGAAAAACCCACAAUUCUCACUGAAAUCACUCGAAACUCACAAAAGUAACAAUAAAUAAAAAUGUAUUUAAAAUUAAAUAAUCAAAAUCAGCCAUCACUUUUGAAUUGUUGAUUAACAUAAUUAUUUAAAAAAACAAACUAAUGAAAUAGGGCUGGACAAAAAUGAUGGUACCCAUAACUUAAUAUUUUGUUGCACAACCUUUUGAGGCAAUCACUGCAAUUAAACGAUUUCUGUAUUUGUCAAUGAGCGUUCUGCAGCUGUCAACAGGUAUUUUGGCCCACUCCUCAUGAGCAAACAGCUCCAGUUGUCUCAGGUUUGAUGGGUGUCUUCUCCAAAUGGCAUGUUUCAGCUCCUUCCACAUAUGUUCAAUGGGAUUCAGAUCUGGGCUCAUAGAAGGCCACUUUAGAAUAGUCCAACGCUUUUCUCUCAGCCAUUCUUGGGUGUUUUUGGCUGUGUGUUUUGGAUGGUUGUCCUGUUGGAAGACCCAUGACCUGCGACUGAGACCAAGCUUUCUGACACUAGGCAGCACAUUUCUCUCCAGAAUGCCUUGAUAGUCUUCAGAUUUCAUCGUACCUUGCACACUUUCAAGACACCCUGUGCCAGAUGCAGCAAAGCAGCCCCAAAACAUUACUGAGCCUCCUCCAUGUUUCACCGUAGGGACAGUGUUCUUUUCUUCGUAUGCUUGGUUUUUGAGUCUAUGAACAUAGAGUUGAUGUGCCUUACCAAAAAGCUCCAGUUUGGUCUCAUCUGUCCAAAGGACAUUCUCCCAGAAGCUUUGUGGCUUGUCAACAUGCAUUUUUGCAAAUUCCAGUCUGGCUUUUUUAUGAGUUUUUUUCAGCAGUGGUGUCCUCCUUGGUCGUCUCCCAUGAAGUCCACUUUGGUUCAAACGACGACGAAUGGUGCGAUCUGACACUGAUGUACCUUGGCCUUGGAGUUCACCUUUAAUUUCUUUGGAGGUUGCUCUGGGCUCUUUGGAUACAAUUCCAACGAUCCGUCUCUUCAAUUUGUCAUCAAUUUUCCUCUUGCGGCCACGUCCAGGGAGGUUGGCUACUGUCCCGUGGGUCUUGAACUUCUGAAUAAUAUGAGCCACUGUUGUCACAGGAACUUCAAGCUGUUUAGAGAUGGUCUUAUAGCCUUUACCUUUAAGAUGUUUGUCUAUAAUUUUUUUCGGAUGUCCUGGGACAAUUCUCUCCUUCGCUUUCUGUUGUCCAUGUUCAGUGUGGUACACACCUUUUCACCAAACAGCAGGGUGACUACUUGUCUCCCUUUAAAUAGGCAGACUGACUGAUUAUGAGUUUGGAAACACCUGUGAUGUCAAUUAAAUGACACACCUGAGUUAAUCAUGUCACUCUGGUCAAAUAGUUUUCAAUCUUUUAUAGAGGUACCAUCAUUUUUGUCCAGGCCUGUUUCAUUAGUUUGUUUUUUUAAAUA